UCGUGGACAAAGUGAUAAAGACAAAUUUGCCAUCUUCCUUGGUUGUCGAUACUUCUCCUUCUGCCUCUGCAUCACGCGAAGUCAUCAUCGAAACCCAUUCAACUUCACAUAACCCGUUAACUUUCUUCCUCAUAAAAAAAAAAAACGAUGAAAGAGCUUCUUCUCCUUCUUUUACUCUCGUUAACCUUUCGAUUAACCCUUUCAGGCUCAGUGUCAGAGUCUCAAUCUGUUUCUCUUCUGCCUCAUGCCAAUGAAUCCUUCAAUAUCAGUUAUAUUCAGAUGAAGAAUGCGGGAAGUUGUUCUUACUUUGUUGUUAUAUCAACUAGUUGUUCGUCUCCUAGGUAUACCUCGGAUCAAAUUAGUAUUGCUUUUGGAGAUGCUUAUGGAAACCAGAUAUAUGCUCCAAGACUGGAUGAUCCAUCUUCUGGUACAUUUGAGAGCUGUUCUUCAGAUACAUUUCAGAUAAAUGGUCCAUGUGCAUAUCAGAUAUGCUAUGUGUACCUCUAUAGAUCUGGCUCGAGUGGUUGGAAACCUGAAAGUGUGAAAAUCAAUGGUUAUAGUGGAGAGCCUGUAACUUUCUAUUACAACACUUUCAUUCCCAGGGAUACAUGGUAUGGGUUUAAUUUGUGCAAUGAUGCUGCUUCUUCAUAUAAAGUAAGUGCUCAGAAAUGGCUAAUAUUAGUGAUUCUAGGAUUUGUUCUGAGUUUCUGGUUGUAAGUUUAUGUACUUUCCCAUACAUUUCCUAUACUUGUAACCGCGAAACUUUGUAGUUAAGUAUUGUAUGCAGAAGUAGAGACACAAGAUGUUGAAAACCGAUGGUCAUGUUGGUUAAUUACUUAUUAUGUGGCUUUCCAGUUCCUUUUCAAA